GAAAAACAGAAGGGAAAAAAAACAUCCAGCAAAGGUACCAGGAGAGGAGACAUAAAUUUUGGUUCCAAUGGGACAGACGGUGGUGGUGGUGACCACCGUCUAUCUUGUCCUCGCAACAACAUUAUAUCAAGUGAUGAGAAACAGUGACAACCAAUACAAUUCCAUCAGUGCUGCACGGCGUUUAGGAUACAAUAUUUCACCACCAAAUUUUGAUCCUCUGGUGGAAAGCAUUCAAAGAUCGGUUGAUGACAACACUGCUGAGAAGCUGCAGAAUGAUUCCAGUUAUUUGGAUGAUGAUGGCAAGAUCAACACAACUUAUAGAAUAAUGGUGUUGUUUCCAUUUCUAGAUGUCGCGCCAAAGGAUGGCUUUGUAGAUUCUAAGGAAUUGGAGAAAUGGAUUUUACAACAGGCGGUUGAUCGGUUAAAUUUUGGUACAAGACAAGCAUUGGAACUACAUGAUGAAAAUGGAGAUGGCCUUGUUUCCUUUCCUGAGUAUCUUCCUCACGUUUCAAAUCAAGAUCUCGAGGGAGACGAUAAAAGGCGUGGGGCAGCUGGAUGGUGGUAUGAGCAGUUCAAAAAUGCGGAUGCUGAUCACAAUGGACUGCUCGACUUUGAUGAACUUAAAGACUUCUUGCAUCCAGAGGACAGUACAAACGAACGAAUACAAAAAUGGUUGUUGAGGGAUGAGAUAAGGGAAAUGGACUAUGAUAACAAUCAGAAACUUGAUUGGAUGGAAUUUGAGACGGGGGCAUAUGAUGGUUACUUGAAUUAUAUAGCACUUGAGGCCAAGGGAGAUAAAGAUGUGCCCUCGGAACAAGAUGUAUUUGCUAAGCUAGAUCUUGAUCAAGAUGAACUACUAGAUUUGGAUGAAUUGAGGCCUUUCCUCCAAUACAUGAAUCCCGGAGUACUGCAGAAUGCACGACAUCAUACACUGCACUUGAUUGAUGAGGCUGACCAGGAUGAAGAUGGGAAACUAACAAUCCAAGAGAUGAUUAACAAUGACCGUGUUUUCUACGACAGCUUGUUUCAUCAGACGAAUGUAUCUGAUGACAAAUUCCAUGAUGAACUUUGAUAGAGAUUGAUCAUUUUUCUAGCAAAUGCAGUUGGAAGUUUCAUUUCCUCUCUCAGUUUUGAUUGUCUUAGGCCAAUUAUGUCUUUUACAUGUAUUUUUGAUUCCUUUUUUUGCCAUGCAAUGUUGAAUGCAAAGAUGAUUUUACAGGUUUAUGAUCUCUUUAAAAUCAAGAACCAAUUAAAAAAUUAUCAGCAUAUAAUAUGGCUUGCAUAAAGAUACAUAGUAAAGGUCUGCAAAAUAAAAUUGUUCUCAGAAUUUAUUUUGUUAAAAAGCUAGCAAACAAGG